AUGGCUUCCUCAUCGACCCCCAUCACCCCCUUGCUCUACUCGUGCAUAGCGCACAACACCACGAUUCUCAGCGAAUGCACAACAUCUGCCUCAUCGCAAACCUCAUCUCUCGCCUCUCUCAUCCUCCCUAAGAUCGAGCACAACAGCCCCCAGAAGCUGACAUACACGCACGGCUCGCAUCACAUUCAUUACAUCGCCGAGGCGCCUUCCGAUCACCCAGGUCAUCCUGCAGCCGGCGGACUCACCUUCCUCGUCAUCGCCGACGCCUCGCUCGGUCGUCGCAUUCCUUUUGGCUUCCUCUUCGAGAUCCGCCGCCGCUUCUUCGAACAGUUUCCCGCCGAGUCUACCGACUACGCCGAGCUUCCCAACUAUGGCGCCGGCAGUUAUAACAGUCAGCUCAAGAAGUUCAUGGUUGACUAUGGCACCACGAGCGGCGGCAAGGACGAUGCUAUCUCCAAUGUUCAACGCGAGAUUGACGAUGUCAGGGGCAUCAUGACGCGCAACAUUGAAGGUCUGUUGGAGCGUGGCGAGCGCAUCGAUCUUUUGGUUGACAAGACCGACCGCUUGGGUGGAAGCGCCCGCGAGUUCCGUGUGCGCAGCCGCGGUCUCAAGAGGAAGAUGUGGUGGAAGAAUGUCAAGCUAAUGGCGCUCCUCGCGCUGGUUGUCAUCCUGAUCAUCAUGGCGAUCGUGAUCGCGGUCAAGAACUGA